CUUCGAUAGAGGAAAAAAUCUUGCACGCUUCCCUAGAUUCGUCAUUCGUCAAUGCAUAAACGACGUCACUGUCGGUUGUGUGAGUGUUUCGGUUAGUUGGUCGGUGGUUGUUUUUCGGUGGGUCGCGUACAUUUUGUUUUCGGUAACGUAUACGCCAACUUCAUAGCUGCAGCAUACGAAGACAUCGACGUCAUUGUUGGGACAAAACGAAGACGCUGAAGACUUGGCGAAGAGCCACUUUAGUCGCGACUGCGGCGGCGAUAACUGCAAGUGAGUGAGUUAGUUAUACUCGCGAGCGGAUGCGGACGCGGACGCGCACGUCGUGUAAGUGGAAAAUAUAAAAUCGGUUGCAUCAUUUGUGAAACACUUCAGUCGACCGAGGAAGGUUGUUGAGCAAAUGUGACGCUUCGCGCGGUAACCCAGACGACCAGCUGCCUAACAACAAUAACGAGAUCCAAAUUUAAAUUUGAAAGCUGCAAAAGAUUAUUAAAAAGUGUACAAAGUAGUUUAGUUUGCAAUAAAAAAUUAACAACACCAAACAAAGGCAGAAAGUGAACUAAAGAGAUUUGACAUAAAUCUAAUAAAAGUUUGGAGAAACGAUAUGAAUUUUGAAAUGAAACAAAUUAAGCAGACGUUUAUUUGAAAUAGCAAGCUGAGCCGAAGUUUAAAAGAAGCUCAAUUGUAAAUACAAAAAAAAAAAACAGAAAUUAUUAUAAACAAGCUGUGACAAAUACUAUGAUUUUUUAUCAUAAAAAAUUGAGCUGUGGAAAGAAAAUGUGCAAAUAUUUAACAAUAAAAAGCUAUUACAGUUGUAACAGUUAAAAAAACGCAUGACAAUAAAAACACAAAACGAAUAUAAAAAAUAUCAAAAAUUCUCAUAACUUUUCUAACACAUCCCAAAGAUUUUACCUCAGAAAUGCUUAAAAGCCAAAAACAGGACUUUGACAAAGCAACUUAUAAUAUUAAAAUUUAAAACCAUUUUGAAAACCUGAGAACACAAAACUCAAAGUGACAUUUUAAUGAAAAAUAAAUUAAAAACAACAGCAAAAAUACUCUUCUAACUGCUUCUAAAAGAACUAAACAUUUCGAAGUGAAUAAUUAGUGAAAAAUGAUCUAAGCUGUCAGUCUUCCAAUUUUAGUUGAAACCCGUGCAAUCGUUAAAUCCUAUCAACUACCUUACCCUAAAACGAAAUUACACAAACAGCGAAAAUUUUGCCCUCAUUUGCUCAAUUAAAAAUGCUCAACAUGGAGUCACCGCAGAUGUACGAUACCGUGCAGACCCUCUCCCAGCUGGACCUCAAAAAACAGCCUCCGCCCCAACAGGCGAUCAUCGGCCAAAUCACUCUGACCGCCAUGUCCAGUGCCCAGCAGCAGAACAAUAAUGCAAAUGGCAGCUUAAACAACCCCAACAGUAACAACAACAAUGUCACAGAUGCCAACAAUAACAAUAAUGUUGGUAAUUUGGCAGCUGCUGCUGCAGUUGCAGCCCAUCAACAGAAUUCCGGCCUUGUGGUCAAACAGCACGCAGUCCAUCAGAUGCAACAUGCAGCCGCAGCUCUAAACAACAACAACAAUGCAUCCACCAUUAAUGCCAAUGUAAACAAUGUAAACAACCUGCUGCAGAAGCAAAUGCUGCAGCAAUACUCUCAAUCCGAUCUGGACGAGUUAACCGCACAGGAAAUCACUUUAGAUCUGCAACACUUAAUUGACGAUCAGUUUCGCGAACAGGAGGGCCUUGGUAUUUUCAGUGACAUGGUUACGAGUCCAGGUGGACUUUCGGCCACCCUACCACCGAACGGCAUGGUGAGUGCCGCCGCCAAAGUUUUGCAACAACACCAACUGCAGCAACAAUCGCUACGCACUCAACAACAUAACUACGGGCGCAGCGCUCUGGCCUACAUGCCACAAGCGGUGCACUCCGGCGCAGCCUACAGUAAUAACUCGAGUGAUGAGAACUCAUCGGUGGGCUCAGACACGUCCACCAUCAAAGAGGAGCCCAUCGACCCGGAAUAUCGACGUCACCUGCAGGAAACGAACGCAAACAAUGCAGCGGCGGCUGCUUUCAUCACAAAUAGUGGCGCCAACGGACUCUACAAUCCUUACCAGACAACGACCAAUAAUGGACCAGUAAACAACGGCGUCAUGAACAAUGGCGGCAGCGGUGCAGCGCCCAACUUCACAAAUCUCACCUCAGCCAAUGUUUUGGCCCAUCACUCCGUGAAUCUGCCUCAUCUAGCAGCUGGUGCGCACCUCCUCAAACACCACAACAAACAACUGCAACACCAACGUAAAUCUUCACUCAAGCAUGUGGAUAAGGGCAGCGAAGAGUACCGACGAAGAAGAGAACGCAACAAUAUAGCAGUGCGAAAGUCGCGCGAAAAGGCGAAGGUGCGCUCGCGCGAAGUGGAAGAGCGCGUCAAGUCAUUGCUGAAGGAGAAGGAGGCGCUUUUGCGCCAACUACAGGAGAUGACCAAUGAAAUUCAACUACACAAACAGAUCUACAUGCAGCUAAUGAAUCAUGCGAACCCCGAAGUGAGUCGUGUCUGCCGCAGUUUCCUCAACACCAACGACCACGGGCUGUAGAAGCGCUAGGAUACCGCGCGAUCGGCUAUCAUUAGCGAUGAUGAUAAGCGGUAGCGGAUAUCAUGAGGCAUACGUGCGAUUACGAGCGUGAAUUUUGUGUCUUCAUUUGUAAAUAAGCGAUAUGUGUGUGUGUGUGUGAAAGUGUCUCCAUGUCUGGAUGUAUGUAUUUGAGUAUUAGUAAAAUUUCUAGAAGCAAACGCUAUCGCUGUGGGCUUAAUAUUUUAAGGUCUCAUUUUUUAUACAAUCUAUGGAUACUGUAAACUGUAAAAUAUAUAGUUUAAAGAGAGAGUCGAAAUAGAGGCAUUCCUCAAAAACCUGAAUCUAUAUAUAGUACAUAUGUAUUUAAAUUAAAUGUGAAUUGCUUUUUUAAACAUAAUUUAUUUUAAAUACUGUAAUAAUUUUAGCAAAGCAAACAAGCAAGCAGGUUGACGGAGUUAUAUAAGAUAUUGUCAGCAGAGAAAACUUAAGGUAAAAUAUUUAGUUUUCUGCACGGCAGUUAAAAUUCGAAAUGAAAAAUGCUGGCUUCGUAAUAUCUUCAAUAAUUUUCGAAAACUGUGAUAACUUUUUUAAAGAGAUAGGAAGAGAGGAUAAAUAUAAAACGCAUCCCUCUUCCAUUUGCCUCUUUCAACAAUACAGCAAACAGCAUUGCCAAUCCUAAACGCACCGUGACACUUAAUCACUUACGAAUGCAAAAAUUGGAAAAUGAAAAAUAUACAGAUGCCUGCAAAUAAUUCCAAAUAAAUAAAAUAUGCUUGUGUGUUUCUGAUAUGCUUGUUUUUAUUGCUUUAUUUUUCAAAGUUUAUACUCUAUGGUUCGUACUUAAUUAAUUUAAAUGCUUUCCAUGCGAUUUAAAUGUAAUUUAAUUUAAUAGAAGGUUUAAAAAUAUAAGAUAAGCCAAAGAAGUUUUAAGUAAAAUAAUUAUAAAUGAAAUUGUAAACACCCAAAAUGGGCAAAUAUGCAAUAUGUAUAUGUAUGUGGAUGUAAAUACAGAUAAUAAAAAACAGCAAAAAUAGAAAUUAGCAUCAGUAAAGGAUAUUUUGAAUGGAAGAAUCGCACUAAGUAAAUUUGUGGCAAGUUAAGAUUAAAGCGAAAAUGUGCCCAUUUCACCGUUGAAUGCUGAGUAAAACUCUAACUUACAUGCAAUUCUUAGUUUGAGUCUAAUGGCCUCUGGUGACGAUACAGCAUGCUUGACUGAGCUUUGUAUGUGUUAGUGCAGUCGGGUGGCAUCGUGUCACACAUACUUGCUGUCGGUAAAAAUCAAAAAUUUUAGAUAUUAGCGUCAAGCACCCGACACGCACACAUAUAAAGUUCUUGUCAAACAAUGCUUGACCGUCACCAGAGGCCAUAAGGCGCACGAUUUCAGCGCACUAAGAAACAUAAUUUUUAAAUAGCUUUGGCUCAGCAAGGCUUUGACACAUAAACUCAAAAGUCAAAACUUUGCGUUUCUUUAUUUUUUUAGACUUAUGAAUAAAAGCUUUAACAUCCAUUCUGAGUGUAACUUAUAUUUGAAAAAUUUUAAGCCCUUUACAAUGCAAUCAAACAUUUUUUUUUAAUUCCCAGGCAAUUUCACAAGUUUUCAAAUGACUCAGCAUUUGGAAGAAAAUCCCUCCGUAUUUUUUUGCUUCUAAUUCACAAAGUAUGUGUUUGAGGCGCCCUUUGAAUUGAAAAGUGCUGCGCAAAUGUGCUAUAGACUUUAAGGGAAAUGUAAUGUUAUCAGUUAGACAUUAUCUGAAUUAUAUCUUGCACACGUAAAAGUUAUUCACUGCAACAUUCACGCACCUCAUAAUUAAUUGCUAUACUUAUAAAGAUUAUACACAUUGCACUCAAAGCUUUCUUAGGUUUCAAAAUUGAUGAAUUUGGCAUGCUGAUCCUUCACGAAAUUUUUUCUUUAACUUAAAAUGUUCCCAUAUUUUGGCAAGAGUAUGAAGUUAUAUUUUUUGUAACUAUGUAACCGUAUGUGUUAAGCAGCAACCUUAGAUAAAGUACUUUUGCUUGUUAAUUCAUGUGCGUAUGUAGGCACGUCUGCUUUAGCAAAUAUCUACGCUUAGGUGUAGAUUAAAUAUUUUCAGAGAAUAGUUUAAGAUUUUACAUACUCAAUACCUUAUCAUUUGUAAAUUAUCUCAUUUCGAAUUAUUUAUGAAUUUUGUAAAAUUUAAAAGAACACGUUUUUAUUAUUGAAAAUUAAAUAUAUAGCAAAAUUAUAUAAAAUCAUGUUUGU